CAGGGGGCAGCGGAGCCGCCACGUCCGGCAGCAGCAGCUGAAGCAGAAUCGAAACUCCUCAAUGAGUUUCACCUUCACAUGAAUAAGUUUGCCCCUCUCUUUUAGUUGCCCCCGGGGGAACUUAUUUAAACGUGGUCGGGCACCAUGAACGGCUCGCUGCGGUCCUGCAGAGCCCCGGUGGAGAUCAAGCUGCAGCGCGGUCCUGCAGGGUUGGGGUUCAACAUCGUCGGCGGGCUGGACCAGCAGUAUGUUGUGAACGAUAGUGGCAUUUACGUGUCUAAAAUCAAAGAGGACGGAGCGGCAGCGCUGGACGGGAGGCUGGAGGAGGGAGACAAGAUCCUGGAGAUAAAUGGAGUGAAACUGGAGAAACUGACACACAAACAUGUGGUGGAGCUGUUCCGGACGGCCGGCGAAGACGUGGAGCUCCGGGUCCAGAAGAAGAUGCCAGACUCGACGCGCCACCUGAACGGCCCGGCGGAGCCCCAGCCGGACCAGCAGCCCCCCCUCCCGGUCCUGGGACUCUUGGCGCUGCUAGCGGCCGCCGGCCUCGUCUUCGCCUUCAUUUACAAGCGGACCAACUAGGAAGCGGCUUCCAGGGAGCCGGCGGCGUCCGCUACGAACGUUUUAACGCCGAAAAAAAGAAGAAGAAGAAAAAAAAUAAACCAGAAACAAACUUUGCUGAAUGCCAAAGAAGCGAGAGAGGAAGUCUGACCCGUGUCGUUCCCGUGAUCAGCAGGUGUCGCUGCGGCUCACGAGGCCCGAGGUUCGCCGGGCACCGCGGCCCGUUCACGCGCCGGACGGCUGCUCGCGUUCAGCCGCUCCAAGGCCUCUCCGCUCGUCUGGAACCGACGGCCGGCGUGACGCGGGUUCGACUCCCGGCGGCCACACAGAUCAAACCCAUCUUCCUCUUCCCCAAACGCCCGGGCGAUGAACUUCCACCCGCUGCUCUGUUCAGGGGGGGGACUACUUUCAGCGGCGGAUGAACACGUUUUCUCCGCUCUCGUUAGAGCCGCCGGCGGCAGGUCGGUGGGUUUGGGACCAACGCGUCUUUGUGCAAUAGUUUAGCUCACCGACGGGAUCUUUUCUGUUUAAAAUGGUUCUUGGGCGACGGCGGGGGCCUUGGGUCGUUUCAGAAAACACUAUUUCAUCGUUCAACGGCUCAAAAAGAGCCUUUUCCUUUCACUCAUUCCACUAUAUUUCAUCGGGUCACUCAGGAUGAACCGUUGAACCUAAUUCCCUCUGAUAAAUCCUCCGUUUGACGUCGUCUUCGUCUUUUUUUUUUUUUUUUUUAACCAUUUGAGACUAAAACAUUGUGAUUCUGCGUCGAAGGCGGUGCUUCGUUUUCAGGCUGCACCGACCGUAAAACGGCGUUUCCAUCGGCGACUCGAAGGGCUUCUCUCUAUCUUUUUUUGGGGUUUUCUUUUGCACGAGCCACGAUCAUGGGACUCCGAGGCAUCGCUGGAUUAUGAGUGCUUUUGUUCACGUUCGUGGACGUCCUCGUCUGUAAAUAUGCUGCAUGUCACUUCUUCUGGGCGGGGUUAGGAAGACGGGAGCCAUUCAGCACGAAUAAAUUAUGAACAUACUGUGUAUUUGAGAUCCAGAGAUGAAUAAAGCUGAUGUUGAAGCCCCUGCUGCUGUCGGGGUUUUAUUGAGGUUUUAUUU